AUGCCUCAAAUAGGUUCAUGUACUGAUAUAACAUGUGAUGAUGAACUAAAAGAAUUAUAUGAAUGUCAUUGUUGUUUACGUCUUGUUUGUUUAUAUCAUUUGAAUGGACAUGUUGAAAUAACAAAACAAAAUAAACAUCGAACAGAUAGGCUUUGUAAAGAAUUAAAUACAAUCGUCAAUACACUACAAUUAAUUAUUGAUGAAAAAUUAUCAACUAUUAAAUGUGAACACAAUUUAAUUGAACAAGCAAAAAAAAUUCUUGAUAUAUCCAAUAGUUCAAUAGAUGAAUUAGAAGAUAUUUUCGAAAAAAUUAAUCAAACAAUAACAUUAAAUCGUUCAGAAAGCAUGGUGAAAAUCGAACCAUUAUUAUCAGAAACUACACAUCGUUUUUCUUCUGUUUGUGAAUUUAAUAAGGAAAACAUAAAUGAUGUAGCAGAAGAGUCGGAAAUCUCAAAAGACAAUGAAUAUUCAACGAAUAUCAAUCAUGAUUUUAUUGAGACUAUUACACUUGAUGACACAGACGAAUCUAUUCAGGAUGAACAUAUAAAUGAAGAAACGACGAAACGUAAACGAAAAUCAUUCAGAAAACUUUAUGCUAAAUGUCCAUUAACAUUUGAUGGAGCAUAUGGUCUUACGAAAGCAAAUCAUUCUAUUGAAUUUUGUGAACAUGGAACAACUCGUCGAAUCGAAUUAUACUACCACUUCAUUUAUACGCAUCAAUUGAAAAAAGUUUAUGCUCAACGUUUGAUACAAGCUAUUGCCGAUCAUAAAGAUUCUAGAAUGACAAAAUUAUUUGAUGAAAAUGAAGAUGUAAUUAAUCAUUUUUAUAAAGUUUCAUGUCCUUUUUCUCAUGGACAAGUUAAUUCAUUAAAACAUAAUGGGCAAAAUGUUAUCAUUUCACCAUGUCAAUAUCGUUCUAUUACGUUUCAUAAAUUAGCAUAUCAUUUACGACUUAGUCAUAAGAUUUCUAAGUCAUUGGCAGAAAAAUUAGUUGAUGAUUUCAAAAAAAAUCGAAUAGAAAAUGAUAUUGUUUUGACUCCAUUAAUUUCAUCAACAUAA